UGCAUAAAACAAAGUUUUCACCUCUAACCUCGCGUUCCGUGCCCCACGCUGCUGCUCCACUUCUCAGACCUAGCUGUUCUUCGUUUCCCCUCAACUCGGUCGGCUAGUGGAGUUCAGUUCUUCCCCGAUCGCCUUCCAGAUCGUCCGGCUGCAGAUACCAGCAUGGGAGAAAUGGAGGAUGGGUACAAGAGGGAGGAAAGCGUGGCCCUUUUGGUGAUCGUAGUCCUCGCGACGCUGUCGCUGGCUUCCCUCUUCGUUGCCUUCAGCUACUAUUGCUACAUCAGCAACAAGGUCUCCAAGCAUCUCAAGUCCCUUAAAGGGAGGAACGAGGAGAAGGAAAAGGCGGCGCCUUUGCGUAGCGGCAGCGGUAGAGGCAGCGGCAGUGGAGAUGGCGGUGGCGAUGUGCCGAUUUUGGCGAUUGACAGCGGGGUGCAGGUGUUCAGCUACAAGCAGCUCCAUUCGGCCACCGGGAGUUUUGGGAAGGGAAAUGUUGUCGGGCAUGGGAGCUUUGGGGCUGUGUAUAGGGGAGUGCUUCCUGAUGGCCGGAAAGUGGCCGUUAAGCUCAUGGAUCGACCUGGGAAGCAAGGCGAGGAAGAGUUCAAUACGGAGGUGGAGCUUCUGACCCGUCUUCACUCUCCUCACCUCUUGACAUUGGUCGGGCACUGCUCUGACAGCGGGCACCGGCUUCUCGUCUAUGAGUUUAUGGCUAAUGGUGGUCUUCAGGAACAUCUAUAUCCUACAAAAGGUUCAUGCGGUGGCAUUUCAAAGUUGCAGUGGGAUACUAGAAUGCAAAUAGCUCUUGAUGCCUCAAAAGGUCUAGAAUAUCUUCAUGAGCAUGUCAGCCCACCUGUCAUCCAUAGGGAUUUUAAAAGCAGCAACAUUUUGUUGGAUGACAACUUCCAUGCCAAAGUUUCCGACUUUGGUUUGGCAAAGUUCGGUUCUGAUAAAGCAGGUGGUCAUGUUUCAACACGUAUACUUGGCACACAAGGAUAUGUUGCUCCAGAAUAUGCAUUGUCCGGGCAUUUAACAACAAAAUCAGAUGUGUACAGCUAUGGGGUAGUUCUAUUGGAACUGCUAACUGGUAGGGUUCCAGUAGACAUGAAUAGGCCAUCAGGGGAAGGAAUUCUUGUAGCCUGGGCUCUUCCUUAUCUCAACGUCAGGGAGAAGGUAAUAGAGAUAAUGGAUCCAGCAUUAGAAGGUCAGUACUCCAUGAAGGAUGCUGUUCAGGUGGCAGCCAUUGCUGCAAUGUGUGUGCAACCAGAGGCUGAUUACCGGCCUUUAAUGGCCGAUGUUGUCCAGUCACUUGCUCCUCUGGUAAAGAACCGAUCUUCGAAGAAGAUUUCCAGUUCAUCCACUUCUCAAUCUUGCAAACCUGCGACAAAACCCGAGUAUGAUUAAUAUGAAUUUUGUGCUCUAGUUCAGAAACAUUUGUCAGAAUUUUGUAGCAGAAUAUGUAAGUUAAGUCUGGCUUCACUUUUGCUGCAGCAGAAUGUUUAAACGUUGAUGUUCCUUCAAAAUGGAGCUUUAAUUCUUGAGACUUAUAAAUAAAAUGAUUGGUGUCAGUUUUAAAAA